GGUGCACGGCUCCCAGCAAGUCUCGAGGACCGCUUACUCAACCCAGAUCACACCAACCGCAUGCGCUACACCAAACGCCCUCCCGGAAGCACGACCCUCAACAGGGCCGAGGACCGCUUAUUCAACCCAGAUCACACCAACCGCAUGCGCCACACCAAACGCCCCCCCGGAGCGCAACCCUCCACAAGGCCGAAGACCACAUACUCACAGAAGGCAACCUUACAAACCAUGCGGCCCUCGGCAACUACCCAGAUGCCCGCCUACCCCGCGUUACAAGCCGCAUACCUCAUAUUACAAGUAUCUUUCCACAAAAUAGCCCAGAUCCGCGACACAACCACUCUAGCCGACAUGAAACCCCCAGAGACCCUCAUAGCCGAGUACCGAAUACCGUCAACUCCCGAAGAAUCCUUUGGUAUUUUCCCCCUAAACUCUGGAUCCAAGAAUAGCCAACAGGGGAAUGGUCGGGCCAGAAAGCCCAUUUCAAGUUCCUGCUCCCCCUGAAAUUCCUUUGAAACAGCAGAAGAACAGCCGAGAUCAGCCAUCCAAAAUCCUCAAGUGAUUUGUGAAUUAUAAUCUUUCGUCCCGUAAGAACAAGUGUUAACCCAAAGUGGACUCGUUAGUUGGGUUCGAUUUCAGAAAUAAUCUGAAAUCUCCUGAAUCAUUUUUGUUUUCAAACCCUCCCUCCAGAAUUGACAAGAAAAGAUCAAACCAGUAGUGUGUUCUUUAUUUAUUUUUUAACUAAAAAUGAAGGAAAUGUUAUUUUAACCGGCUAUGCUUCUAAAACUAAUUUAUAGAAAAUUAUAAAAUCAUAAAAGAUG